UAAAGAAGGUUAGUGCUCUUUUCCCUUAUCCGUUAAGACAGCGAUCUACGUCUUCUCCUAAUUUCGUCGAACAGGAAACUGAUCUCACACCUUUCCCUCUAUCUCUGGAAAUGGCUCGAUCUUCCUCUCCCUCACUUUCUCUCUCUAGGUGCCGCUUAGCCGGAGCUUCUCUCCUUCCUUCAUCUCGAACCAUCUUCUUCCGAUCUCAAUCCUCGAAUCGGCGAGCUAACCGCCGUGGUGAGCUCUACGAGAUCGAUACCGCCGCGUCGAAGUCGCAAUCGGAUCCUCUCCUUCAGAAGCUAGAGGACGCCGUCCACCGGAUAAUAGUACGCCGAUCCGCACCGGAUUGGCUCCCUUUUGUUCCCGGUGCUUCUUACUGGGUCCCACCGCCUAGAUCCCAGACUCAUGGGAUCGCAAAGCUCGUUGAGAAGCUGGCGAAUCCGAUCGGUGAUGAAGAAUCCAUCUCAAUCUCGUCUGGUCGUGGAUGGCCUUCCUCUGAUUACUUCAUCAAAGGUGUACAGCCUCAAUUAGUGGAGACGGACAUGGCUUCAAAUACUGCAUCUCACUCUGAGGAUGACGAAGGCUAGACCACAAAACUCGUCGAACCUGUUUCUGUGCUCUUCAAGAUUUGUAGAUUUUAAGAACACAGAUCAACGAAGAUUCGAAUCACCAAGAGCGGCCACAAAGACGUGAAAUGGUUUAGACUUUUAGAUAGGGUAGGGUCGGGUAAGCAAACCUUUUACAGACAUGAGAUCCUAUCGAGUUCUGACUGACAAACUGAAUAAGAAAAGGUGCUGUGUUUCUAUGUAAUCUUCCUAAUAUGUAUAUAUAUGGGCAUCAUCUCGCUAGUUCAGUUCCCAUUAACACUUAUUGCACACUGUUUUGUUUAAUGCAGUGUUCAGUGUAUGCCUUAAAGACCCCCAAAAGUCUUGUUAAAACAAAACAAAUUUAUAGAU